AUGGGAACUCGAGGUUUAUAUUGCUUCUUGUAUAAAGGAGUAUAUUAUAUAAUCUACAAUCAUUGGGACUCAUAUCCUAAAGGGUUAGGAGAAGCUCUUCUUAGACAACUUCAAGGAUUUAGUUUGGAAGAAUUACGUGAAAGAUUGGUAAAUAGUAUUAUUGUGUGCGAUGAAAUAUAUCCAGAACUUACACCAGAAUUUGUAGAUAAUUUUCGAACAUUCAUCAUACAAGACGAGCCUUAUUUUGAAUCUUGGUUAUGUCGUUCUUCCAUGUAUAUAAAAGAUAAUGAGACAGGAAACCUUGAAGCCAUUAUUAGGCGUAGCUCAGGAGCAUUUUACACCUGGAUGUGUAAGACAUAUGACUCUUCAGAAGAAAAAUGGUCCUUCUUACUAAGAAGACUUUUUUCUGUAGAUGGACUUUGUCUAAAAAAGGCAUUAUCUUUAGGUUAUUUGCUCCUUGAAGAACCUCCAACCAACGAAGCUCCAGAGAUUGAUUGUAGUAGUGAUAUCAAAUGGAUAUAUAUUAUAGAUUUAGAUCAUGAAAGGUUCUUGGUGAAAAAUAAACAAGAUGUUGUAUGGGAAUUCGAACUUCAAAAAUUAUUGAUGGAUGUUGGUGAUCCAGAAAAGUCAUUGGUGAAGAAGUUGAUUUAA